ACCCUGCCCGCGUCUACGAUUUGUUUCCCGAAGAGGUCGUCGAUGACUUUGCGAUUAUACAAAAUUACAAAGAAAAAGUGCAGUUGUAGUGUUAUUUUACUGUUUAUCUGAUACUUUUUUUUAGUAUAAGCAUAUAAAUAUACACAUCAUGGCCGGAGCGAUGUUAUUCGAAAGGUCACGCGUCUCGUCGACUAACAGAGAGGAAGACGUCCGCAUGACCGACAAAAUGGUCAGCACUGGCGAGGUGCCCGACGACGAGGAGAACAUACGCGCCAAGGAGCAAGGCAUCCUCAAUCUUGGCGAGAAGUACAAGAAGGAGGGCAAGGCCAAGGAGCUCGCUGAACUUAUCAAAGCCACCAGGCCGUUCCUCAGUCUAAUAAGUAAGGCGAAAGCGGCCAAAUUAGUGCGCUCCUUGGUUGACUUUUUCCUUGAUUUGGAAGCCGGAAUCGGUAUCGAAGUUCAGCUGUGUAAAGAGUGCAUAGAAUGGGCGAAGGAAGAGCGCCGCACGUUCCUGAGACAAUCCCUCGAAGCAAGGCUUAUCGCUUUGUACUUCGACACUGGUAUGUACACGGAGGCUUUAGAUCUAGCCACUGCGCUGCUCCGAGAACUCAAGAAAUUAGAUGACAAGAACUUAUUAGUUGAGGUGCUCCUCUUAGAGAGUAAAACUUACCAUGCCCUUAGUAAUUUGCCGAAAGCAAGAGCUUCUCUAACCUCUGCUAGAACUACAGCAAACGCCAUCUACUGCCCGCCUAAAAUGCAGGCUGCCUUGGACCUUCAGUCAGGUAUAUUACAUGCUGCAGAUGAACGUGACUUUAAAACCGCUUACUCAUACUUUUACGAGGCCUUUGAAGGUUAUGAUGGUGCUGACAGUCCUAAAGCAUUAACUGCUCUGAAGUACAUGUUGUUGUCUAAAAUCAUGCUCAAUCAGGCAGAAGAAGUGGGCUCAGUUUGUGGCAGCAAAGCGGCACUAAAAUAUGCAGGCAAAGAGCUGGAAGCUAUGCGUGCUGUAGCAACUGCAUCACACAAGAGGUCUCUGGCUGACUUUCAAGCUGCCCUCAAGACGUACAAGAGAGAAUUGGAGGAGGAUGCAGUAGUGAGAGCUCACCUAGGUGCCCUUUAUGAUACUAUGUUGGAGCAAAACUUAUGUCGUAUAGUAGAACCAUACAUGCGUGUGCAAGUUGACCAUGUUGCCCGAUCCAUCCGUUUGCCUGUAGUACAAGUAGAGAAGAAACUAUCACAGAUGAUUUUGGACAAGAAACUUAAUGGAAUUCUGGACCAAGGUGAAGGUGUCCUGAUUGUGUUUGACGAGUCACCCCUGGAGAAAACUUACGAGACUGUACUGGAAACCAUCCACCACAUGAGCAAGGUUGUUGAUACUCUCUACCAGAAAGCUAAGAAACUCUCAUAGACCCAUGUGUAAAUUGUUGUAGCAUUAAAAUAUAUACAAUAUACUUAUAUCAAAGUAACAUAAAUUUUCAGUUCAAAUGAUUUGUAAAUGGAAAUAUUUUUUGAAUGAAUGCAAAAUUUCAUUUUUCAGCCAAUAAUUUUAUAAUGUUAAAGCUAUACAUAGACUGUGGAACAAACUUUCAGAAUAUAUAAUUAUUAUGUAUUGAACCAUUGUGAAGGUCUUGUAGAGCAACAGGGAUACACCUGGUGUGUAGAUUGUUGAUCAACUGCCUUUUAGCCUCCUUUGUAAUUAAAGUAUCAUGCAGCAGUUAUUAAAUAUCUAUUUACUAAUCCUUAAUUUCAUUUUACAUACAUUUUUUUUUAACUUAAGCUAGUGAAAAAUUAUAAUAUUCUGUUUUAUUGAGAAAAAUAAAUGAGGUGUUCUCCGAAA